UAGUAUCAUUACAACACCGACAGUGAAGAGAGAAUCAUGAGUCUUCAAGACAAAGUAGCUAUUGUUACUGGCAGCAGCUCUGGCAUAGGAGCUGCUAUCGCCAUCAAGUUCGCCGAAGAAGGAGCUAAAGUCACCAUCGUGGGAAGGAAUAAAGAAAAACUCAACAACGUAGCAAAGAAAUUAGGAGACCAUCUGGUAGUGACUGCUGACGUCACCAAAGAAGAAGAUUCUCAAAGAAUUGUUAAAGAAACUGUCAAAAAGUUUGGAAAACUUGAUAUUUUAGUGAACAAUGCUGGUAUAGCUACAAUAGCAAAAUUCGACGAUGAGAAUCUCAUGACGGUGUUUGAUCAAGUAAUGAAGUUGAACAUUCGCUCCGUAGUGUACUUGACACACAUCGCUAGGCCUCACCUAGUCGAGACAAAAGGUAAUGUCGUGAAUGUCUCAGGCGUGGCUGGAAUCAAACCAUUUGCAAAUGGAUUUUUAUCUCUCGCCGUGUCGAAGGCUGCACUUGAUCAUUUUACCAGAUCAGUGGCUCUCGAACUUGCUCCAAACGGAAUCCGUGUAAAUGCUGUAAGUCCUGGACCGGUGUACUCAGACAUUUUUGAAAAUAUGGGUGUGAAGAAGGAAGAUGCGAGUGGGUUUUAUGAAAACAUGAGGCAGUCGACUGCAUUGAAGAGAGUCUCUGAUCCUGUGGAAAUAGCAGAUCUUGUUACGUUCUUGGCUAGUGACAAAGCUAAGGCUAUUACAGGUACAAUUUCCGUCUGUGAUAAUGGUUUACUAUUGUAAUGAUAGAUAAGUUUUAGAAUUAUUUUUCUUACUUCGCAUGACUUUGUUUAAUGAUAAAAUAAGUCAAUGCCGUCUUUAUUGUUUUUGUUACUGUAAAGGCAUAGCUUAGGUUGCAUAAUACUGGUUUAUAAGACUGUUAUCAGUGUAGAUACAUUGACAGCAAUAAUAUUAUCUAAAUUCGUAAUCUGUUAUCUGUUUGCAGUAUUUCUUGCGACUAUAUUAUUAUUAUGUAACAUUUAUUUAUGAACUGUUGAAAGUUUAUUGUUGUUUUAAUUUAAUAUUAUGGUUUCAAUCGAUCCCGACGAUUGUAUUUUGGAGAACCUCAUAUUAUAAUUUUAAUUUAGUGUUCAUAUUUCUUGUUUUAUUUUAACUUCAGAAGUUAAUAACAUUACUGUUAAAAUUGGACGUGUCUAAUAUCCAUCAUAUAAAUAAGAGGGUACGUUCAUCACUUUUCGUUUCAUAGCUGUCACACCAACAGAUCAUGAUAUUUUUCACGAGGAAAAAUUAUAUAAGCCGUUUGAAGGACAUCAAAAAUGUUUAAGACAAUUUCUAAAAGGUUGUCUGUCAAUUUUAAUGAUAAGGAGUCAUGAGUGCUUUGAAAAAGGAUUUUGAUAAACAAAUACAAAGGUAUAUUUCCUCUUACUUGGCUACCCACUAGACUGGUUAGUUAGUUACUAGUUACACUAGACUAGUUUCCACAACUUGAAGAGUUGUUCCUCUUUCUUAGUUAUACAUACC